AUGGCUAUCCUAUCUCCCCGGAGCAGCAAGUACGGCCGACUAGAAGGCGGAAUGGAGCCGGGUAACGUUGGUGGGACGAAAGUGUUUGCGUGGAAGAAGUUUGCGGUGUGCACUGCGUUUCUCGUUGAGGUGACGUGGCUUUGGGGGUUGGGGGAGGAUAUGUUCUGA